AUGAUAGGCAUGAUCAAAGACGCAGUUAAAGACGCUAUGAUACCCGUGCAGAAAAGUGUAUCAGACAUAGAAAUCACUUUGAGAACAAUGACUGAACACAUGGCCUCACAUGACAAAAAGUUUGACACGGUGUUUAACAAGAUGGAGACCAUCCAAGCUAACCAGAGGAAAAACGAAACCGAAACUGCACGUUGCCUGAAAGAACUUGCAAAGUUACGAGAAGACUUGGUCGGGCAAGAAGAUCGUAGCAGACGUAACAAUGUACGUCUGGGAAACUUACCCCCAGGAGUGGAGGGAGAUGACCCGCUUGGAUAUAUCCAGAAAAUGCUGCCAAAGUGGAUCCCCGCGCUCAGCGGUAGAUCUCCCAUUGAAAUAGACCGGGCUCACCGUAUCUACUCAACGAGAAGUUCCAAAGCCCCACGGGUCAUGAUUUUUCGUCUCCUGCGUUACACAGACCGGCAGGCCAUCCUGGACGGGGCGAGGAAGAGCAGACCAACACUUCAGGACGGGACCCCGCUGUGGUUUUCCCCGGACUACAGCAUCACGACGAGUCAACGGAGGCAGGCGUAUAAUGAAGUCCGGGCUAUGCUUCGCAAAAAGGGGAUCAACACGUUUCUGAUUUAUCCAGCAAUCCUGAAGGUGAAUCAUAAUGGUCAACGCUGGUCCUUCAACACUCCUGAUGAAGCCAAAGAGACGCUGACUACGCUGCUUGAGGAGACCAGCGAGGACCCGGUUACAGCUGACUCUCAAUGA